GUCUGUUAGGACGUGUUGUUGCCCUCUCCGCGUGCGCUGUGAGCGCGGGCGUCCCACUGGGGGUGUGUAGCAGGGGUAUUUAGACCCGGCGCCACUACCCCCACCCCUCCCAUCAGGGGUUCGGCUUAGGGUCGCCCCUGGGGGGCGGCUCUCGAGUCUUGAAGUAGUAGAGAAUCUAGACCGCUCCGGAGCUGCGGAGGCCCGCGCUGGGCAGACAGAAAAAUGGCGACGGCAUCGGUCUCCGCAGUUUCUGAUUCUCAGUUCUCGAACAUCUCAGCUGAACCAUCAAGGUCUAAUAGGGGUGUGGUUCGCCAUUCUUCAUCUCCUUAUGUAUCAUAUCCAUCUGAUAAGCCUUUCCUUAAUAGUGAUCUACGACGCUCUCCAAAUAAGCCUACCCUUGCCUAUCCAGAAAGCAAUAGUAGAGCCAUCUUUUCUGCUCUGAAGAAUCUUCAAGAUAAGAUCCGUCGCUUGGAACUUGAAAGGAUUCAGGCAGAAGAAAGUGUAAAAACCUUGUCAAGAGAAACCAUUGAGUAUAAGAAAGUACUGGAUGAACAGAUUCAAGAAAGGGAGAAUUCAAAGAAUGAAGAAUCAAAACACAAUCAAGAACUGACAUCCCAGUUAUUAGCUGCAGAAAAUAAAUGUAAUCUUUUGGAAAAACAAUUGGAUUACAUGCGAAAUAUGAUAAAGCAUGCAGAAAUGGAAAGGACAUCUGUCUUAGAAAAACAGGUUUCCCUAGAAAGAGAACGACAACAUGAUCAAACACAUGUUCAAACCCAACUUGAAAAACUGGAUCUUCUUGAACAGGAGUAUAACAAACUUACCACAAUGCAGGCCCUUGCAGAAAAAAAAAUGCAAGAAUUGGAAGCAAAACUCCAUGAAGAAGAACAGGAAAGGAAACGUAUGCAAGCUAAGGCAGCUGAGUUGCAGAAUGGCCUGGAAACAAAUAAACUUAUCUUUGAAGAUAAUGCAGCUUCAUAUGUUCCCAAUGCAAGAAAAAUUAAAAAAAAGAAGUCAAAACCACCAGAAAAGAAAGGUCCUAGAAACUAUUUUGGUGCGCAGCCACAUUAUCGAUUAUGCUUGGGUGAUAUGCCAUUUGUGGCCGGAAAGUCCACCAGUCCUAGCCAUGCUGUAGUAGCCAAUGUUCAGCAUGUCUUGCAUCUGAUGAAACAACAUAGUAAAGCCUUGUGUAAUGACCGAGUAGUCAACAGUGUUCCUUUGGCAAAACAAGUAUCUGUAUCUUCACGAAGUAGUAAAAAUAAGAAGUCUGUAACACCUUCCUCCUCCAGCACCAUUAAUGAAGAGUUGUCAGAAGUCUUACAGACUUUGCAGGAUGAAUUUGGGCAAAUGAGCUUUGAUCAUCAGCAGCUUGCAAAACUUAUCCAGGAGUCACCAACCAUGGAAUUAAAAGAUAAUUUAGAGUGUGAACUUGAGGCAUUAGUGGGAAGGAUGGAAGCAAAAGCCAACCAAAUAACUAAAGUCAGAAAAUACCAAGCCCAGCUAGACAAACAGAAGAUAGAGAAGCAAAAGAAAGAAUUAAGAGCUAACAAAAAGACUCUCGAUGAAGAAGGAAAUGUCAGCAGCCGUUCUGGAGUCACAGGGACCACAAGUAAGAAGGAUUUUGCCAAACAGAGACCUGGAGAAAAAAGCAGGAAAAAUCUUCAGUUAUUGAAGGACAUGCAAACCAUACAGAAUUCAUUACAAAGCAGUAACUUGAGUUGGGAUUACUGAUUCCUCGUGCCAGGUCAUAAAUUUUAUUCAGAUAAUCUGUACCUCAUCAAUCAGAUGUUGACAAUUCACUUUCCAGGUUUCAUACUCACUUAUGUUAGAAUUAAUUAAUAGCAUGUGUUAGGGGGCCCAAGCUUCAUUACCCAGUCCUGUGUUACGCAGAACAACUGUGAAACCAUUUUAAUGGAAACCAAGGGAGUUUUAAGGCCUAAGAAGCCCCUGUUUCUUUGAAAUGAAUUUGCUACACUGACAUAUUGCACCUUCACAAAUUACCGGGUGGCUUUUUUUUUUUUUUUUAACUUGUGGGUGUGAUUUUUUUUUUAAAUAGUUCUUCAUUCAAAUUAGGUUUAAAUUUUCAAAAUAUGAGGCUUUUCCAUAGCAGGGUUUGCUAGAAAAGUCUUUUUUAAAUCUUCUGGCAUAAAGUGCCCACUUCCCUUUUCCCUUAAAACCAUUAAAUACACUUUGUUUCAACUAUUGAUGGAGGUUUUCAUAUUUAUAUAUUUAAGAGGAUUUGGGUUAUUGUUUUUUUUUUUUUUUUUUCUUUUUUGGUAUUUCAAACAUUGAUCAGUAUUGAAUGCACUUGUAUUGCUUUUUAAUCCACUGUUAGUUUUAUUUAAAGAUCCAAGCAAUCAUUUUAAGCUAACUACCUGUAAGAUUUAUGAAAGCAUUUUUUAAAGUGAAACAAAUUGUUAAUAAAUGAGAUUUUUGAAGAAAGUGAGAAUGAGAGAGAAGGGAGAUGUUGUGAAGCACACACAUCUGCAGUUUUUAUAUAUACCCAUUUGUAAUCAUGUUAUUCAGUCAAGGCAUUGUGAUAUUUUUAAAUCUUGAAACCCAGAGAACCCCGUGAAUAUUUGCUUUCCUUUUUCUGUACAGUAUGAGCAAAAUAACUGUACACACAAAAUUUUCAUUUUAAUGAUGUUGUCAUAAUUUUGAAAAGAUCAAGACAUGUUACCUUUUUAUAAAUUUGCCAUUCAUGUCAAUAAACUUUUUUAAGGAAACACUGAAACUUUCCUUAACAGCCUAUUAACUAAGGCUUUAUUUAUUGUAAACUCUCAAAAAUGCAUUUCAAAAUAGGACAUUAGUAUGUUGAUUAUAAGUAUAUUAAUAUUCAGUACUUAAAUGUUUACCAUUUCAAUGCUUUCAGAAGAAACUAAGCCCAACAAGAUUGAAUUGCCUCAUGGUAUAUGAGAUACUCUAAAAGGGCUAAUUGACAUGUUAGCCACAUAUUAAGGGAAUUCUUUUCAUAUGCCUCUCCUUGGAUUGAGAUGGAGGUUAAGGAUUAUACCUAGACAGCAUGAUUUAUUCUAGUACCUGAACUUUGACCUUGUCAAGCCUCUUAUUGAAUUAAUUUUUCUACAGCUAGGGUUCUUAAUUUAGUGUCCUAAAUACCUAUUUUGUGAACCUCCUGAGUGUGUAUGUAAUCAUUUGCUUAUACGUGUGAUUUUCUGAUGAGCAGGUUUGCAGUCAUUGAAUUGACAACAGUGAGUCCAUAGAAGGUGAGAAAUUGCUCUGGUAACAUGGUAAAUAUUUGUGUCUCAGCCAUCAUUUCAGCUAUUAAACUUUUGUUAUCUCUUUGUUUGAA